AAAAACAAAACCACCUUACAUACGAUUCAUAAACAGCCAGGCCGACUCUUUGUCCUUUACUUCAUCACAACCAAUUAUACACCCUUCAAACACAAACACUUGUAAUACUAAUACCACACUCUGUGCCACCUGUUCUGCUUUCUUUUUAUUCAAUCUUCUUUGUUAGUACAACCACCAGAUCCACCACCGUCUGAAGAUGUCUGCUGGGAUCUUUACAUCUCCGGUUGCUGCUGUAUCAGGCUUUGUUGGCCUGAAAUCAAACUCCACAAAGCUGCCUGCAGUGAGAGAAUCUAUUGGAUGGAGCCAGAAAACUAUCUCCAAUGGUUCUAAAACUUACUGUAUGAAGACAUGGAAUCCCAUUAACAAUAAAAAGUUUGAGACACUCUCCUACCUCCCUCCCCUCUCUGAGGAUUCAAUUGCAAAGGAGGUUGACUACAUGAUGAAAAUGGGAUGGAUUCCUUGCCUUGAGUUUGAUGAGGUGGGGAGUGUUCGUAGAGAGCAUAGCCGAAUGCCAGGAUACUAUGAUGGGAGGUAUUGGACACUUUGGAAGCUACCCAUGUUUGGGUGCAGUGAUGCCUCUCAAGUCCUCAAUGAAAUCCAUGAGUGCAGAAAGACUUACCCAAAUGCUUAUAUUCGCUGCUUGGCUUUUGACAACAAGAAACAAGCUCAGUGCAUGGCCUUUGUCAUUCAGAAACCCACCACCAGUGCUUAAGGUGCUUGCUUUGGGUUUUUUUUAACCUUUCUCUUCAAAGAUUUUCAAACCCAAUGUUUGUUUUUUAAUCCCUUUAUGCGGAGCCAAUAAGAAAUUUGGGUGUUUGUGAAGAGGAUUCCUCUAUUUCUAAUAUGGUAGGUAUCUUCUAAUAUGUACUAGCAAAGCAUCUUUGGAGAAGAUACUCGUGAGCUUUUUUUAUUCACUCUUUUUGUUGAAAAAUAAUAUCUUUUAUAUGAUCUGUGAUAUGUACUUGCUUAUUUAUAAUAA